AUGUCCGUGGCUAAGAUAACGGGAAAAAAAGAGAUCUCGAGGAAAAAGUUAGAACGGCGACAGAAGGAAGGUCCUGAGAAACAUACAUCUAAACAUGAUGGAGGAAAGUCAAAUAUAGACGUACAACAGCAGCAGAAACAGGAUAGCUACACGGCAGAGAAAAAGUGUGAAAUGGAAAGAGUGAACAGCACUCUCAAGGAGGAUGAAUCGAUUGAGAGUGAGUAUAAUAGCUGUGAGGGUGAGGAGUCGGAGUUGCUUAAUGAAGAUGAAGAAAGGGAGUUAGAGAAGGCGAUUUUUGGAGAUCUUGGGAGGAAUGGUAAUGGUGGAGUGGCGGGGGGGGGUAUUAAGUAG